AUCUGCCUGCCUCAGCUUUUCCGGUGCUGAGAUUAAAGUCUGGCUACUUCUGGCUGCACACAUUCGUCCUCCCUACCUUCUAGUUAUCAUAGAACCCACCACCUUCCACUUCCUGAGUAGACCCCAGGCCUGGUGUAGCCUCCAGCUCAGACUAGCCCCCAUGGAUCCCCUCCAGAAAUGGGACUCAGCAUUGAUUUCUGGGUCUUCUCAAGUGACCAUUGUGGAGACCUCCCAGGAAGGCUCUGCAUCCUCUCACCUCAUCUCCUUAGAACAGCUGAGGUUGGACCUCAGUGGCCUGAGCACCAACCCUGGCUCCAGCGCCCCUACACCUCUGGCAGAGGGGCUGCUCCAGAGGCAGUGCAUGGAGCAGAAUAACUUCCUGGAGCAGCACUGUGGACUCCUGGGUUUCCCUCAGAAGAAGAAAGCAUUCCUGGGACACUUGAGACGCAGGCGCCGAGAUCACAGGGCACCUUACCCAGUGGAAAAGGACAGCAGCAUCUUCCGCUCAGGCAACAGAGCUCAGAGUUGGUUCCGAUGUGAAUGUCGGUAUUGCCAGGCCCGUGGGCAAAAUAUUAUUGGAGAAAGGGAUGGGGCCUCCAAUCCUUCCUCCUGGGAUACACUAGUGCAGGGACUUGGUGGCCUUACACUCAGCCUGGGAGCUGAGAGAAGCAGCCUCCUGCCAGAGGAGGCGCAGCAGCAGCAGCCUCAGCAGCCUCAGCAGCCUCAGCAGCCUCAGCAGCAGCAGCAGCAGCAGCAGCAGCAGCAGCAGCCUCAGCAGCAGCAGCAGCCUCUGCAGCAGAGGCUAUGGCAGCCAGAAGAGAAGUGCCAGCGGGAAAGCAAGAAGAGGUUCCAGAAGCUGUUCAAGCAGUGGUUGGAAGAAAACUGAGGUGCUCAUCUUCAGGAGACACAGAGACCCCAAUGAUCCACACAGUGCUUCGUUGUCAGCUUCUGCGUGUAGGCUCCUUUGUGGGACAAAAUACUCAGCUGUCCAUUGCGGGACUCCCCAGGCCUGCGCGGUUUCACCAACAUCUUCCAGGCAUGAGAUGUGACCCAUUCCCAGGAGGACCUCCGCUUUGCUGCCUGUUAUUUGUGGAGUACUGUGAAGCGUUCUAGUGUAAAGGAGACUACACACCCCUGGUCCUCAGCUUAUCUCCGAUGCUCCCGUGAUGCAUGUUGACACUUUUCCUGCCUGGAUCUCUGUCUUUCUACCUACUUCCUUAUUAGUACAGUGAGAGUGUCUGUGGCCUUGUGGAUGUCCACGUGCUUUUGUGCCCUUUGAUCCAGGUUCAAGAAUCUGCAACUGUAGAGUGUGAGGAGAAAGAUGGAGUCAGACCAUGGUGGUUCAUCCUUUUACCUUCUGUAUAAACAAGAUAUUCAGCUAUGCUAGGCUAACUGGAAGUUCACGUGCAGCUGCUCCUUAACAGUAGAGUAAUAUCCUCCCACACGGGAAUUUCUGAUGGAGUGCCUCAUUGUCAAUGCCAAAUAAUAAACAUACUUAUGAAAGAAGAGUGACCUUAGAAUGCAGGGUGGUGGUAUUUUGUUUCUUGUCAGAGCUGGAAAAUCCCCGACUGGUAGGCUAGACUCUAACAGGAGGAGCUCAGCCCCAUGGAGAUUUGGGAAGCAGGGUGGAGUGGGAUUGGAUGGGGUGGAGUGGGAGGGCAUGGUGGUUUAAAAGAGAAUGUCCCCCAUUGGUUCAUGUAUUCAAACUCUUGGUCCCCAGUUGGAAAUGUUUGGAAGGAUUAGGGGAUGUGGCCUUGUUGGAGGAGGUGUGUCACAGGGAGUGAGUCUUAAGGUUUCAAUAGUGCAGUCCAUUCCCAGUUAUCUCCUCUCUGCCUGCUUCCUGUGGAUCCCAGGUAAGCUCUCAGCAACAGACUCAUCGCCAUGCUCCCUGCCUGCUGCCAUGCUCCCUGCCAUGUUGGGCAGGGACUCUAACCCUCUGCAAAUGUGAGCCUCAAAUUAAAUGUUUCAUUU